CUACCAUCAAUAUUCAAGAUAACGUUGCAGGAUAUUUCUGGAUGCUCUUGGACACGCUGCUGACGACACGUUCUCGACGGAAACGGCGAUCCAGAGGUGGCCUGCCCGCAUUCCUCGGGAAAAUUAUGAUCAGCCGGAGUAUAUACAUUUUAGAAGCGCGCAAACGGAAACUCCGAAUUUCGGAGGAAAAAAUAUGAUUUGGCAUAGAGCAAUGAUAACACUGUUUAACAAAAA